AUGAUUAUAUCUGAUAGGGGUCCUGCCGUUAUAAUGUAUCGCUACUGUAUCGUUAUAAUGUUUCGUAAAGAUUUUAAAUCGAAAUCUCACACACAAGUGAAAUCAUCUGAACGCAAGAAAUUGCGUACCACACUACAACAUGUCUAUCCGUCAUUAGAUGAAAAUGCUUUAAAUUCAAUAAUACCAUCCAAAGAAGAUUUUACAUCAAUUAAAUUAAUGUUAAGUAAUGGUGAUGAUAUCUAUGUAUAUUCCAAAAAUAAAAUUCCAUUAUUUUUUAUUGACAAAGAUGAAUAUCUAUAUCCAACUGUUUACUUGUUAUGGGAAUAUCCAAAUAUGAUACAAUUAAAAUUUCAUACACAUAAAGAAGUAUUUUUAAAAUUAUUAAAUGGAGCUGAGUUAAUGUUACCCGGUUUGAUUUUGCCACCAACCAUAACACCAUUUACAUUUCGACACGUUAAAAAAGGACAGUUGUGUUCAAUCUGUUUAGAUGAUAAUGUAUAUCCGAUUGGUAUAGGUCAAAUGACAAUGGAUGGCGAUGAUAUGUACAUGUCAGGAAUGAAAGGAAAAGGAAUUGUUAUUUUACAUAUUUAUCAAGACUAUUUAUGGCAAACAGGAACAAAAACAGAGCCACCGUAUGAAAAACAAAUUGAACAAUUAUUCAUAUCAGAAGAUACUCAAAGACAUCAAAGUAAACAGACAACAACUGAAGAAAACAGUGUCGAUGAUCAAGUACAACAAGAGGAAAAUGAUAAUUUAAUUUCUCAAGCAUGUGCAACUAUAAAUAUUGACGAUAAAGAACAGUUAGAAAACGAUACAGUAACUCUGGAAAAAACUAACGUAAUCGAUUUAGAAAGCAAUAAUCAAAUACCCGAAUCAAUGGAUGAAAUUCUUGAUACAAUAUUUUGUUACAUUUGUCAACGUAAAUCAAAAACAUUUGAAUUGCCAAUUUUGGUUAGUACUUUUUUUACAAUCAUGCAAGACUGUGUCAAUGGUCUAGAUCUCGAUUUAAAAUCAAGUUCCUAUAAGAAGUUUUCAAAAUUUCUCGAAUAUCAACAAGAAAUUAAUGAUAUUAUUCAUUUAGAAGAAACGAAAAAAGGUGUACUAUCGAUAACGUCGUUUAAUAUCUCGAAUAAUGAACAUUUAGAACGAUUUCGUACUCCGAUAUGGUUAAAAUCUUAUAUUAAACAAUCAAAUGAAAUUGAAAAACAGAAACAACCGAUAUCAACCUACACAUUUCCUGUAGUAAAUGAAUUAUGGCGAUCAAAUUCACAUGUCAAUGAUCUAUUAAAUACCAAACAAAUACGAACAUAUCGUGCAGAUGAAGUUCGUCAAUUAAUUCGACAAUAUGUUUUAGAACAUGAUCUAGUUGUUGACAAACAAGUUAAAUGUGAUUCGACUAUUUGUAAAUUAUUUAAAAAGUUAAAAGCAGAAAAUGAUUUAGUCAGUUGGAAUGAAUUAAAUGGAACAGCGUUGAAUACAAUGGCUCAAUGUUAUGAGCUCAUAUUUCCUUAUAGAGAACAACCCAUUCGAAUGAAUGGACAAAUACCAUCAAUAGAAAUUCAAGUCAUUGAUCAUAACAAAAAAAAACAGACUAUUAUUAAAAAUUUAGACGUGUAUGACUUUGAUUUGAAUGAAUUUUGUAAACGAAUAAGACAAGGAGCGAAUGUUAGUGCGGUAGUUGAUGAUAGUAUAGAAGCAAAACGAAAAUAUAAUGGAAGACUAAUUUUAGCACAAGGAAAUCAAAAACUAUUCAUUGUUAAACAAUUAAAAGAAAACUAUAAAGUGCCAAAUAAAUUUAUUAGUGAAACUUAG